AUGAGGUUCAACUUCCUCUGUCUUUGGGCUUUCACUGCUCUAUUCUAUGGGGCUGGUGGGCUUUCCAUAGACGAUGAACUAGUCAUUCCCAAUGAAACAGAAUCGGCGGGCAGUGGUGAUCAAACAUGUUUAGUAUCUGAAACCUCAAGUACCCCCGAGCUAGAGAGGGAACCGGAACAACACAUACACUUGCAAAUAGAGGAGAACGUUCAUGAGGAGAACAUCGAGACGAAUGCUCCUAGUGCUGUCUUGUUCAACAAUGACAGCAUUGUAAGAUACCCUUUCGAUGAGAAACUAACUUUAAAGCCUUUGCCUAGAAAUUUUUUGCUUGCUUCAUUUGAAUUCCAGAUGCAGUCUAACAAUCUGGCGAUAGGUAAAUCAGAACUUGCAUACGACUCUUACCGUCACUACACGGUCUUCCCCAAAGCUCUGAGUCCCAUCUUGGAAUACAGCCAAACGAGAGAAUUGCACCUGCGUUUUACGCAUGGACGCUGGGACGCGGAGUCCUGGGGUCAGCUUCCUCAUAAUGGAACAAAAUCUGGUGGCAGUGGAGUUGAACUUUGGGCAGUAAUAGAGGCUGAAAGUCGCGAUGAAGCUUACGAAAAUUGGGUCACGCUCACUAACUCCUUGAGCGGUCUGUUUUGCUCGUCCAUCAAUUUCAUCAACAUGGAAAAAACGACGUAUCCUGUUUAUUCUUUCCAGCCAUCAGAUCAGCAGCCGAUACCGAUUUUUGAUGCAUCGAAAAAAGCGUAUUUGUUGCGUGCCGCUUUGGCUAACGAACCUAUCUGCACAGAAAACCUGACGCCAUUUCUGAAGCUUCUACCAACAAGAGGCAAAAGCGGUAUUUCGUCAUUAUUAGAUGGUCACAAGGUCUUUGAUUCCAAUUGGCACAGUUUGUCAAUAGACGUCAAAACUAUAUGCACUGGAGACACAUGUCAGUACCAUAUGGACGCAAAUAUUGAAAUGGUUUUCAAUGUCCCAAACUCUCUGGCGCGAGCUGACAAUCCCAUUCCCAAACCAUUGCAUGACGCCGAUCUCCAGUGUGAUGAGAGCAAACUGCAUAAUGCCUGGGAAUGUUUUCCUCUGCCACAGAGCAAGCAUACCAAUUUCCGACUCUCACAGCUUUUUGGCAAGAAAAUAUUGGGGUCAAAUCUGAUCUCAGAGAAUCCAUCAACAAUUUGUGCCCAGGUUAGCGAUAGCUGGACGGUUUACGCCGACAUCGAAGGCUCUUUAUAUUCAACUGAUGACAACUGCUUUGCCAUCAAAGAUAAUCAAUUACACGACCUAAAUUUUGAUUCGGACAAUACAACGCAUGUUGUGGAGGGCGAGAACGUACCUCUCUACGUGAGUAGAUCCCUCACAGGAUAUGGUCAGGAUGGUGGGGGUCUUCGCGCGGUGUUCAGAAACCCCAAUAAUGAAACCGUAAAUGCCAUAUACUUCGAAUCCCUUCCCUGGUACAUGAGAUUAUAUCUAUCUUCAUUGAAAUUAGAAAGCGAUGAUGGACUCGAAAUUGGAGAUGUGAUAAAAAGUACGUUCUAUUUGCCUGCUAUUGACAGAGAGCGGCCGACGCAUUUGGAAUUCAACAUCAGCAUACCAGCUCACACCUCUCUGGCACUGUCGUACCAAUUCAGUAAAGCGCUUUUGAAAUACGCCGAAUAUCCACCCGACGCCAAUCAUGGUUUUGAGAUUGAAUCAGCCUUGAUCACUGUGUUGAGCCCAGUCCGGAGUGAGAUGAGAACUGCCACUCUUCUGCUGUCCUUGUCAACGCCGGAUUUCAGUAUGCCUUACAAUGUGAUUAUUUUGACGUCCACUGUUAUGGGCUUAGCGUUUGGAACGCUAUUCAACCUAAUGGUAAAAAAACUUGUCACCGUUGAAGAAGCAGACAGGAAGGCAUCAGCGAAACCUGGUCUCAAAGGCAAGCUGGUCGCAUUAUUGAAGAGGGUAAAGGGGAAUAAAGGCAAAGUUAGUCCUGAGAAGAAAGAACAGUAG